AUGGCCAUGUUGAUGAUGGAAAAUUCGGAGCCGGCCAUGCAACUGGAGAACCAGCUCUUUGCAUUACCGGCGACUUUAACGGACCGAUGGCGCACCGAGCAUGAGAAGCUCAACCCCACUACCAUCCUAACGGACAACGGAUCAGCCGGUGACAUCAAUUUCUUCAUUCCGCCUAGCACGUCCGGACUACUCAGUUUAGCGGACAUGAUCCUGGAAUUAGAAGUGGGUAUUAAAGUCCGACAAUACGUGCAGCUUUCCGGCAAGCUAUUUUCGGACCUUUUUGACCAAAGCAAACCGCUGUGCACCGGUGUUCCCGUCAAUAUUCGCCUAGUGGUAAGUCGACCAGAGUUUGCCCUACGCGUAUGGGAUACGGACACCACCAAGACCUUCAAACCAUUUAUCCGUAACGCGCGUUUGUCAGUACGUCGCUACAUUCCAUCACCGGACUUUCUGACCGCCGUCGCUGGAGAACUGUUGAAAAAGACGGUCAAGUACCAUAUCGAACGCGUGGUGAUGCGCGUGUCGGACAUUCCCCAACGAACCCAAAGCACCGUAAUCAGCAAUUUGCAGAUUGGACAAAUUCCCAAGGUUGUCUUUAUUGGUUUUGUGGACAGCGAAGACUUUCACGGAUCGCAAAAGAAAAAUCCUUUCAACUUCCAACACUUCAACAUUACACAAAUCAGCGUCGAAGUGGACGGUCAGAGCUACCCUACGAAACCCUACACUGCCGAUUUUGCGCAUAAUCUAUCGUUGGAGUGCUACGACGGGCUGCUGGACACACUGGGACACCGACCCAGUUUGCAAGGCGGCUUACCAUUCAAUCGGACCCAGUAUAAUGACGGAUACACCAUUUUUGGAUUCGACUUGACGCCAGGACAUACCGGCCGUGGACCACUGACACUGAUCAAACAGGGAAACCUGAGUGUCUCGGUGUCUUUGGCAAACCAUUGA